UCUUCGGAUGGUAUUUAAUAUCUAGACUGUUGGUCGCGUUUGCGGAUAAAAUAUUUUCAGUCCUGCUUGAAAAAUCGACUCGGAAAGGUGCACAAACGCAUUCUCAAUCACGUUCAAACUGUUUUAUUUACACGUUGCCGGUAGUGUGUAUGUGAAAAAAAACUGCACUUAACAUCACGUGAUUUAGGAGGAAGAUGAAAGCAUACCAACGGAACAGCACCAUGUUCUUACUAUUCAUUGUUACUUAUCUAACUGCAGCCACAAUUUCGACGAUUGGUAAUACCGUACAAGCGCUUCAACAAGAUGUUUUGCCUCAACAGCUGAUAGUUGCAAAUUCCGAUCAACUUCCACCGGCUAUCGAUUUGGAGAAGAUCCCUAAAGAUACUCGCCCAGAACUAGAUGCAAAUCCAUCUCUUCAACUGAUUUUACGUGUGCUUGACACAUACCGUUCACCGUUCUCCACACAAUCAGUUGUUAUGUUACCUGAGCAGCGAGCUCUACCAAGUUGUCCACUAUGUGAUGCAUCGGUUUAUAGUUAUUGUGAUUACAAAGUAUACCACGAUAGUUGCUGCUGUGGAAGUACAAACGGCAUUUAUAACCCUGGAGGUUUAGGAAGCAAUGGUAUCGGGUAUGGAGGUUGUGGUUUUCAAGAAGAUUGCAGUUUCAUUUAUGCCAACUCAUGUUAUGAACAUCAGCUCAUCGUCAAUUGUUGCUGUAAUUCACCGUAUUGAAAAAAAUCAUAUCACAUUGAUUAAACAAUAAUAAAGAUAGUGUUUCCAACAGUGAUUGUGAUUGCUCAGUCGCCACCCUGGAAGGCCGCUGCUGGCCCACCUGCUAGGCCUGAGUGCUAACCUAUCAAGCUUAUCCGUUUUCUUAGGUAGCAAUAGACCAUUUUACGAAUUGACAGGUGUCACGGAUCCUGCUGAUGUUGAUGAUGCUUUUACGUGCGUUAUGUCAGCGGUUCCGUGCUUUCUGUCAAAAUUUUAUUCAUGAAUUUAGUUCAGAAACGUCUUGUAAAAUGGUCUAUGAGUAUUGUUACUUCGAAUCAGCGAUGCCAGAUUAGAAGACAUGUUUUCUAUUUUAAGGUAUUUAACCAGCAGUGAGGAUAUCCUUGCUAAGACAAAGUGAAAACAUUAGAAAAUAUGGGAAGACAAGCGCAAUUUGCAUGCAGAGGUGGCGACUUUUUUUUGCUCGACAUCUUUCGAUUUGCCGAUAAUUAUUCCAGACCAAGGGAGAAUAAACGUCAAAAUAAUGCCUGCCAAUUAAUCACAGCGUCAACAUUUAAUUUAAAAUGCUUACAAUAACUAUCAUUUUAAUUGAAAACUGAAAACAAUCGUUGAGUUUUCGCUUUAUUCAUCUAAAAGAAUAUUCAUUCGAGAAUAAGUUAACUGACAAUUGGGUCCUGAAGAUAUACCAGUUUUUAAAUAUCAUUGGAAAAAGAUACGUUUUCUGAACAAAACGUAAUUUAAAAAAAAAUGUUUGUCGUCGUCUUUCGAUUUUUUGAAUGGACAAUAAAUUGAAAUUGAAUUGAAUGGACAGUUCGCUUAUGUACGGUAUAUGAGCGUUUUACUCUGAAAAUUACACUACUUUAGCUAAUACAUAAAAAUCUGAAACCGUGUCAAACUUUAGGACCCAAUCAUGAGACGUUUACUCUAUUUCAAACCAACCAAAAAGUGGGUACCAGAAUCAAAGAGUGAAAGAUGAAAAAAGUAUGCCACACGAGCCCCUUGUUCCAGCCUUCGGUCAUUUUCACCUGACAUUUCGAGUGGAAAGACAAGUGAAGACAUAUUUUCCCGGAGCGUGAAGACAUUUGAAAAAAAAAUGACCUGGCAUCUCUGCUCCAGAUAUAUGCACCAGACCGCGUAGCCGUUUCACCGUUUCCUUUCGCUAGCAGAUGCUGGUUCCAUUUAUUAGAAAAUAGUAUUACCAUUCCCGCUGAAAACUGCAAAAAACAAUCGAGACCGAUAUUUUUUAUAUAUAUGUGCAAUGAAAUACAUAAUGAUAAUAGUAUCAAUAAAUAAUAAUUUGCCUGUUCUGUUUCCGCC